CAUUGUCUUUGCAUUGCGUUGUAGUGUUUUUCGAUGUUUUUUAUUUGGUUCAGUUAAUUUAAUGUUGUAAAUCAUAAGAAUAGAUAAGAGUAUAUAUUAAUGUAACCAUUUUGUACUUAUUUAUGUUGAUGUAUAUGCUUUAUUGACUGAAAAAUGGCUAUGUUUCGAUCGUCUCCGAGAGACGUCGAGUAUCGUCCAACUAAUAAAAAAACUGAUGAAACAAACGCUGAGACUUAUUUCUGUAAUAUAUGUUUCGAUGGCUGGGACAGCGAAACUGAGGUGGAAAUACAUCGAUCUUUAGUUCACAAAAGAGAAAUUAUGAAUUUAAUGAAAAAUUCAAGAGCGACAUUUUGUUGUAGGUUAUGUGUGAAGCCACAUUUAACAUACGAAGGAUUAAUAAAGCAUAUUAAAGUCCAUCACCUACUCAGUGAUGAAAAUGCUACCCGUGUAGAACGAGAGAUCUUCAUUUGUGAGACAUGUUCUGUGUUAUUCUUCAAUAAAUUGUUGAUGCAAAUUCAUAUAAUUACGUUCCAUAUGGGUGUUGAUAAAGAUGCAACGUUUGCGGCAUGCCCAAAAUGUUUCAAGAUGCAGAGGAUUAAAACAAUGUGGUAUCACUUCCAAGGUCAUCAUAUCCAAAGUGUGUCAUGUUGUAAAAUAUGUUUAGAGAAAUUUAAAAAUCGCGACGAAUUAAAAGAGCAUAUGAAACAACAUAAGAAAUAUUUAUUCUGCGAGAUUUGUCAAUAUGAAAGUAAAAAUGAAAUAUAUUUCAAAGAACAUUUGAAUACGAGACAUAAAAUUAACAAAUCAAUAGAUUUAAAAGAAGAUAAACGUAAUUGGAAGGAUUAUUUCGUGCCGAGUACAUUUGGUGAAUAUAAAACAACUAUUAUAAUGGAUAUACCAAUGAAAGGUGUGUCUCUGUCAUAUUUAGAAGAACAUAAUGUACGCGUAUGUAUAUUAUGUAGGGAAAUAUGUAUUGGAGAACAAGGGAUGGCUGACCAUAUGCAAAGUCAUUAUAUAGAAAAAGUUAAUAAGCAAUAUGAACAUAUUUGUUCCUGCGGGCAGACAUUUUCAACUUUAGUACUGUUAAAACAUCAUAUGUUGAAGAAUAAAGAAGGACAUUGUAAAAUGGAGUUGAAUGAUGAUGAAAAUAUGGUCGUAAUAACAUAUGGUGAGAAUUCAUCAUGAACCAAACUGAACCGGUUAUAUCGACAUCAAAGAGACCGAUAAUAUCCAGUCGCAAAAAGCGAUAUCCGUCGAGAUUUACGGCUUUUAUCAUAAACAUCUCUGUAGAUGUUUCAUUUCUUGGAAAUUGAUUAACUAAUUUCAGAUUUAAACCUGUUGAUGUUCCUGAAAAUUUAUUCUAUCUAUAUUAUAGUCAAAGACGUGAUUAGUUCUGUCAGAAAAUGUCAAACCAACCUAAAAAUGAUAUCAUAGCUACAUUAUAAGGGAACGUACUCAUACUACGUGACCUGUUUAGGGGGGGG